AUGGAUACGAAUGAUGCUAGGAACCGUAAAGUCGUUGCAGUGGAAAAGUUCGAUCUUGAAACUCCCGAGACUGCUCAUCAGAUUAGCAGCGAUUCAUGGUUUCAGGUAGCAUUUGUUUUGACAACCGGUAUAAACAGCGCCUAUGUGUUGGGAUAUUCCGGUACAGUCAUGGUUCCUUUGGGUUGGACCGGUGGUGUGGUUGGUCUCAUUCUUGCUACCGCAAUCUCUCUUUACGCAAACUCUCUCAUCGCCAAGCUUCAUGAGUUUGGUGGCAAAAGACACAUUCGUUAUAGAGAUCUCGCAGGCUUCAUCUACGUUUAUGUACUUUUUAGAGAUGACAGUGUGAUGAAGCUGCCUCACUUCAUCGCCAUCUCCGGUGUUGUCUGUGCGCUUUUCGCAAUCGGCAUUCCUCAUUUAUCAGCUCUUGGAUUCUGGCUCGGAGUCUCAACAAUCCUCAGCUUGAUCUACAUUGUUGUUGCAAUAGUUCUUUCAGCUAAAGAUGGAGUAAACAAACCUUCAAGAGAUUACAACAUACAAGGAUCAUCAAUAAACAAACUCUUUACCAUAACAGGAGCAGCAGCAAAUCUAGUUUUUGCAUUCAACACAGGAAUGCUCCCGGAGAUACAGGCCACAGUGAAGCAACCGGUGGUUAAAAACAUGAUGAAGGCUCUGUAUUUUCAAUUCACUGCUGGUGUUUUACCAAUGUACGCCGUUACAUUCAUCGGUUAUUGGGCUUACGGUUCCUCCACAUCUACUUAUCUGUUAAACAGCGUUAGUGGGCCUCUCUGGGUUAAAGCCCUCGCCAAUAUCUCUGCUUUUCUCCAAUCCGUUAUCUCUUUGCAUAUUUUUGCAAGUCCGAGUUAUGAGUAUAUGGACACAAAGUUCGGAAUCAAAGGAAGUCCAUUGGCAUUGAAGAAUCUCUUGUUUAGAACAGUAGCAAGAGGAAGCUACAUCGCGGUGAGCACUCUUCUCUCUGCGCUUUUGCCUUUCCUCGGAGAUUUCAUGAGCCUCACGGGAGCGAUAAGCACUUUCCCUCUCACAUUCAUAUUAGCGAAUCACAUGUACCUUGUAGCUAUGAACAGUAAGCUUACUACAAUUUCGAAGCUAUGGCAUUGGCUUAAUGUUUGCUUCUUUGGGUUAAUGUCUCUCGCUGCUGCUAUCGCUGCUGUUAGACUCAUCACCGUUGAUUCCAAGAACUUCCAUGUUUUUGCUGAUGUUUAA